CUGUACGUGUCAGCUAGUGUAGGUAUAUAUGUGGGGAGGGGGGCAGUGACGAUCACGUUCAUAGCUGAACCUUGUACUGCACACCUGCGUGAUGUUCACGUGAUGGUGGUUUCCCGUUAGAAGGCCGGUCGAUAUUGCCACACCGACAGUACAGUCUGGCAGUGGAACGGUACUAUAGCUAUACAUGUAUAAAUUAAGUGCUGGUACUGUCGACUAGUUUUGACGGUUCACUGGUUACCUUCAAGUGUUGUUUGUAUCAGGUGGUAACGGAAAAGGUUAUCUGGAGGCAUCAUCAUGUAUUUCUGGCAACAGUGGAAGAUUCUGACACAGUUACAGAGGCUGCCACGUCAGAGGCUGGUGCAGCUGACGGAAGUCCUGCAGGGCAAGGCGAUGGGUGUGACAGAACCGGCCGCCGCCGCCGCCUCCACCACCGGGCAACACCUGCGCCGUCGCCCCGACGCCAGCCUGCAGGCCCAGACGGAGGGAUUAGGUCAAGAGGACACCAUGCUAGGGCUUAAACAGGCCUACCGGUACCCGGUGGCCAAUCAACAGCGGCGGGACUUCGACCCCAGCAUGCAGGUGCACGCGGACGGACUGGGCCACCAUGACACGAUGUUCGCGGCGCACGCCAGGGCCAUGUCCACCGUGUCUGAGCAGCAAGCCCCGAGCGUCAGGAAAACCAACGGCAACGGGAACGAGAAGGGUCGUGCCCAGGUCAUCGAGCAGCUGCUGUCGCCUGAUGCCCCGGAGGAUGUGUUGAAGCGCGCCACCGACAGACUCAGCCAGCAGGAGAAAAUGCACCUGAGGCAGCUUGUGAUGAAGGCCAUGGUCUGAUAAGUGACGGUCAGUCGUCAGGAAGGGGAUGAAAAGGAACAGAGAUCUAUCUUUGAAAAUGAAGACUUGUAGAUAGACUAAUAUCAAACUAUUUCUAAUUUAUCUCGAAUAGUGCCUGCUGUACAAUCCCAUCACAUUGUAUCACACUAUCACCUCUGAAACUACUAGUAUCACAGACUUUCAACCUAAUGCUACUACUUGUUCAGCUUUUGGCAUGUUCCAUAUGUACAUCUAGUCAAAAUUUAUAACCUGACAAACUUAAAUUACUGAGCAGCAAGGUCUGCUGUAAAAGUGUUUUGUUCUUUGCAAAAAAGGUUAAUUGUAAAUAGUGUGGCAGUGAUAUUGUAGAAUCUAUACCUACCACAUAUACUAGUAUUGGAUACCCUGGUUGAAUUGGAACCAACAUUGCAAGUAUAUAUGUUGGUUUUUGAAGAGUACACCUUUGUGUGAAACUUCAUAAGAAAUGCUUGCAACUUUAGAGCUAUGUUAUGCUGAUAUACAUUAACCUUGAAUUUCUCAAGAUGUCACAUUGCAACAUUUCAAGUUAUAUGGCCUCCCAGAGUUGUUUUCUAAAUCAAUGCUUUUGGAGGGCAAUAUACAUUUGUGUUACCAAGACAGGGUAUAAGCUGCAGAAACGUGUCAAAGUAAAUAGUUCUAAUCAUGCAGCAUCUUUGCUUUACCAAGUUAAUGUCUUCUAUAUAUGAAAUGUACAUAAUAAAUACAUGGAUAUGUUUUGUAA